AUGGACGGCCUGAUCGAUGCCUCCAAGGUGCCCUGCGUCUACAAGAUUUUUGGCUGCGAGAGGUACGUCGACCAACACUCGCUGGCGGAGCAUAGUUCCAGAUGCGCGCACGCGCCCCGCUACUGCUAUGAUUGCACUCCACUAUUUGAGGGCUCGUCGGCGAGCCUCGUGCAUCACCUCACGGAACCGUCCAUCGAUCACUACUGGCACGCGGCGGUGAACAUCAAGUACAAGACGUGCUACCCGUUCCCCGUGCCAGAGUCACUGGAGGAUCACCGCCGCAUGCUAGUCUUGGAGGAGGAUGACAGCGUCUUCCUCUUGACCGUGGGCACCGACAAGAGGUAUGUGGGCACCCACACCGCCUCCAUCAUGCUGACUGGGACUAUGCCGAGCGGCUCCGUUCCCGGCGAUGUGGACAUGUAA